AUGACAAAUUCAGAAAGGGAGAUCCAUGCAGCCCCUCAUGUGAGUGAGAAAUUAAUCCAGCUGUUUCGGAAUAAGAGUGACUUCACCUUUUUGGCCACUGUACAGCAAAAGCCAUCGACUUCAGGAGUGAUCCUCUCCAUUCGAGAGCUGGAACACAGCUAUUUUGAACUGGAGAGCAGCGGUCUGAGGGACGAGAUCCGAUACCACUAUAUGCAUAACGGGAAGCCCAGGACCGAGGCGCUUCCGUACCGGCUGGCAGAUGGACAGUGGCACAAGGUUGCGUUGUCCCUUAGUGCCUCUCAUCUCCUGCUCCACGUCGACUGCAACAGGAUUUAUGAACGUGUGAUUGACCCUCCUGAAACCAACCUUCCCCCAGGAAGCAACUUAUGGCUUGGUCAACGCAACCAAAAGCAUGGCUUAUUCAAAGGAAUCAUCCAAGAUGGGAAAAUCAUCCUUAUGCCAAAUGGAUACAUAACUCAAUGUCCGAAUCUGAAUCGCACUUGUCCAACUUGCAGUGAUUUCUUAAGCCUGGUGCAAGGAAUAAUGGAUUUGCAAGAGCUUUUGGCCAAGAUGACUGCAAAAUUAAAUUAUGCAGAGACGAGACUUAGUCAGAUGGAAAACUGUCACUGUGAGAAGACCUGUCAAGUGAGUGGACUUCUCUAUAGAGAUCAAGACUCCUGGGUUGACGGGGAUCACUGCCGGAACUGCACUUGCAAAGUAAGCCUCUUUGUAAAUAAAAAGAGUUUUUUGCUAUCUGAGAGGAUGUAUGAUAUGGUGAAAAGUACUUGGGCCUUGGAGUUCACCAGACCUAAUUUAGAACCCUGUCAUCUCUACUUACUAGCUAGAUGUCAGCUUUUUUCUUAUGUGAAAUUUUAUUCACUUCUUCUAGGUCAUAACUUCUGUGCAGAAGGCCCUAAAUGUGGUGAAAACUCAGAGUGUAAAAAUUGGAAUACAAAAGCUACCUGUGAGUGCAAGAAUGGUUACAUUUCUGUCCAGGGAGAUUCUGCUUACUGUGAAGAUAUUGAUGAGUGUGCAGCUAAGAUGCAUUACUGUCAUGCCAAUACUGUGUGUGUAAACUUGGCUGGGUUAUAUCGCUGUGACUGUGUCCCAGGCUACAUCCGAGUGGAUGACUUCUCUUGCACAGGUGAGCAUGAAGAACUCUUAGGUUAUUGUGAACAUCAGAUUGUAUAUACGAAAACAUUUAUCAUGGCACUUGCAGGCACGUGCAUCAGUCAGGAUAGGAUGUUCUGCAGUAACAACCCCAAAUAUGACUAA